AACACCCCUCUGAAGUUGGUUUCGUCGGGGUCUCCCCAACGCGGCAGGCGCACGUGCUCGGUGUUGUGCUGGGAAUUGCGCCGGUGUUUCAGCUGAGAUGAGGCUCACGUAAAAUGUCAUCACGCGGCUAGCUUCGCUUACGCUCCCAGCUCCUUUUACAGAAGUGUGGAAGUGAAUACGACGCCUUUGCGUUACAGAGUUUACGUGGGAAACACUUAUUUUCACCCAGGGUGGCGUCGUCACGGCGUGACCUGACGCUGCUCCCGUCGGUGUUCACCGGACUGAAGGUUUGGAGGUCUGCAGAGCAAAACCAUGAGCUCCAGGGUGUGUAAGCACUGCGGCAGCUCGGACAUCGAUGUUGACCAGGCGCGUGGCGAUGCCGUCUGCAUGGGCUGCGGCUCCGUUCUGGAGGACAGCAUCAUCGUCUCUGAGGUGGAGUUUGUAGAGACGGGCGGCGGAGGCUCCCUGGCUGUUGGACAGUUUGUGUCUUCAGAAGGUGGUCUUAAAAAUCCAACUUUUGGGGAUGGACACUUCUCAGGGAUGGGGUCAGAGUCCAGAGCUCAGACGUUGCAGAGAGCUAAGCAACACAUCAACACCCUGGGCCACCAGCUUCAGAUGAACCAGCACUGCCUGGACACGGCCUUCAACUUCUACAAGAUGGCCAUCAAUAAAAGCCUGACACGCGGCCGCAAGUCUGAUCACAUCAUGGCCGCCUGCAUCUACCUGGUCUGCCGCACCGAGGGAACGCCUCACAUGCUGCUGGAUCUCAGUGACAUUUUGCAGGUGAAUGUCUAUGUGCUGGGAAAAACCUUCCUCGCGCUGGCCAAAGAACUUUGCAUCAACGCUCCAGCUAUAGACCCAUGUCUUUAUAUACCCCGUUUCACCCAAAUGCUGGAAUUUGGUGAGAAGAGCCGCGAGGUCUCCAUGACAGCACUGCGACUGGUUCAGCGGAUGAAAAGGGACUGGAUGCACACGGGAAGGCGGCCAUCUGGACUCUGUGGAGCAGCUCUACUUGUUGCUGCUCGUUUGCACGACUUUUGUCGCACCACCAAAGAAAUCGUGAACGUGGUGAAGGUCUGUGAGAGCACGCUGAGGAAAAGGCUGACGGAGUUUGAGGACACGCCCACAAGUCAGCUGACCAUAGAGGAGUUCAUGAAGGUAGAUCUGGACGAGGAGUGUGACCCACCGUGUUUCACAGCCGGGCUGAGGAAGAACAAAGACCAGCAGCUGAAACUGGAGCUCCAGAAAAAGAUAGGUGACUUUGAAGACGAGAUCCAGGAGUUCCAGGAUGAAAUAGAUGCAGAGCUGGAGAGCUGCAGACCCAAGCUGAGAGGAGUUUACGCUGCCUACACCAAGAAAGAUGUCUUUAGUGAUGACGAUAGCUCCUCGUCAUCUAAGGAGGAACCGAACGAAGGCGACGAGCUUCAGGCCGUGGCGAAGCACUUUGGUAGAAACCUGGAAGAGCUCACCCUAGAGGCUCUCAUCAAACUAGAGGGGGGAGAGUUGGAGGAGGAGAACCAGGAGGAGAAUGUCCCCAAGCGAAAAGGUCCCUCACUGGCUUCCAUACUGGGAAGAAUGUCCUCCUCAUCCUCUCUGGACCUCUCAGAAACCCCGUCUGUCGGGGACGACGUGGAGAACGAUGACACUGCUGACAGCGGAGAGCUGGACCUGAGUGGAAUAGAUGACAGUGAGAUCAAUUUGUAUCUGCUGAGUGACAAAGAAGUCCAAAUCAAAACUGCACUCUGGAUGGCAGAAAAUGCAGACUACCUAAAGGCUCAAAAAGAAAAGGAAGCAAAGAUCCAAAAAGAGAAGGAGCUUGGGAUCUAUAAAGAAAAAAAGCCCAGACGGCCCUCAAAAAAGCACCCUGCCAUCAGAGCCAGCACUGCUGACGAGGCCAUUGAGAAGAUGUUGGAGCAGAAGAAGAUAUCCACCAAGAUCAACUACGACGUGUUAAAGGACCUCGUCGUGAAGCCUGGCAGCAGCCCGGCUGGUGUGGGGGAUUCACCGAAGGUGGAGCCGCCGGCCCCCAGGACGCCCGCCUGCACCCGCAGACCUGCGCCCACUAGAACCGCGCUGAGCCUCAGCAAGCCGCUCAGCACUCUGGGAAAACGAUUGCAGCCGUUCAUCAGCAGACAACCCAACAAGAAGCUGGCUGUGAAGCAGACUGAAGCCCCUCCCAGAUAUGAGAAAGUUUACCAGAGGCGUCUAACUGCCGCUGUUGUCGAGAGGACCUUUGAAGAGGAGGAGACCUGUGUCAGCGCCAUGGAGCUGCUGGGCGGCGACGGUUAUGGAUGUGACGGGGAUUAUGAUGAGGGGUACUAGCCGCAUCGUCCACCUGGAUCAUCAUUCCCAGCCGGCCUUGGAGUCCGAAGUUGGAGCCGACCUUCACUAACAGGAACCCAAAACAAGCUGCUAAGGAUUGGACACAGGAGUGGAAGUUCACAGAACACCAUGCUGCUUUGCUCCAGUCGGGCUGAAGUUGGAUGACCUGGUGGUCGAACGCUGGUGGAUCGUGGUUAUAAUGCUGCUCUUUGAACGGCCCACUGGAUCGUUUGCAGGUUGGACUUUUUGGGGUUUUUGUAACUUGUGGAAAGAACCUUUUAGGAAGAUACUCCUCCAGUGAGAAAGAAGCUCAGGCUGUUCUGGACUUGUUGCUCCUGAACUACAUCCCUGCUGAGACCUUCCAUCCAGAUCUGUGAUGGUUUUGUUUUGUGAUUAGUAGUUCUCAUAACCUUUUGGAUGGAAGUUGAAACGGACUCCUAGGUUGAAUACCAGGUUCUCCAGAACCAACAAGGCACAGAUAUGAGAAAGUUUACCAUUUUGUUUUCUAAUUAUUUGACAAUGGCCUUCCCCUGUUUACUUUCUGCUGAAGCUGUACCAUAACAUCUUUAUAUGGAAGUAACAUCUGAUUUAGGUUCUAUGUUGCUUCCAAUAUCCAUUGGAGGGCUCAGAAAGCUUUCAAAUUAGAAGUUGGAAAUAGAUUUUUGUUAAUAUAUUUUGCAUUAUGAAGUUUUGUUAGGGCUGAGUUCUCUUUUUGAAUGAUUGCAUGUUACAGUGAGGAUUAUUUUUGCUGUGUUGACAGAGCAGUAUUCUUAAAGUGAUGACUGUGAUUAUGUAUCUAUGUAGUACAUUAAAGACAUCACUAACUGGGAAAUGAA